GUGACUACUCUCGACAGAACAGGAAGAAAUGGUAACUGGCCGAUUGCCAGGUAAAUAUUCAACAGAGGAUGCUAGCUAUGUCCAUGUCCGACACGACAAAAGGACAGCAACUCCUGAAUAACUGGAGCAAAGAUGAAACCACAUGCUUUAUCGAGGACAAUAAGUUUUAGACAUCAGACUGUGAGCCUGUAGCCAUGGAUGGGCAUUUUUCCAAAAACAAUGAAAGCACUUUCCCCAGCUAUGUGGAUCUGGAUGACUUUCUUAACAAGCACGACUCGAACUUCAUCUGGCUCCUCGUUGCUACCAUUCUGUCCUGUGGAUGGAUAAUCUAUUUAACUUAUUACAACUCCCGCAACAUUGGCCUCAUCCUCACCCUCAUCAUCAACAGACUCUACAAGGAUGGCUACAUUCACAUUGGCUCCUUCUCCUUCUCUGUGCUGUCAGGGAAAGUCAUGUUCAGAGAUGUCUACUACAUCAACCAAGACAUGUCUAUCAGGAUACAGGAUGGCUUCCUCAUAUUUCGUUGGUGGAAAAUGUAUAACCCAAAACAGAAACAGCAUGACCCCAAGGCAGAGACCAGGCUGUACGUGACAGUUAACGGCUUUGAAUUUCACGUUUACAACCGGACCGACCUCUACGCCCGACUGCAGGAGACCUUUGGACUGGAACCCACACUCAUAACACCCAAAAAAGACGAAGAGAGGGGACGAGAGGACAGAAGCAAGACACUAGAAAGUGUGGACAUCAAAGCAGAGAGUCCAGACCCCACUUCAUCUUGGCGCUCCCUCAUUCCUGUCAUCAAAGUAAACAUCAGCACUGGUCGUUUGGCGUUUGGAAACCACUACCUCCCCCAAACUCUGUGUGUGAACUUUGAGGAUGCCUUCCUGACGUACGCCACCAAGCCUCCAUCCAGCCACCUGGACCAGUACAUGCACAUCGUCAAAGGCUCGCUGGAGAAUGUGCGCGUCAUGCUGGUUCCCAGUCCACGCUACCUUGGCAUGCAGAAUGAUGAACCUCCCAGACUGAUGGGUGAAGGCUUUGUGGUCAUGCAGUCCAACGAUGUUGACAUCUACUAUUACCAGGAUGAACCUGGUCUGGUGCCUGCGGAGCAGGAGAGUGGGGAGGAGGCAGAGACGUGCAGUGAGAGUGAUAAGCUUCAGGACCUACCUCCAUGUUGGGGUCUGGACAUUGUCUGUGGAAAAGGAACGGACUUCAACUACGGCCCCUGGGCAGACCGUCAGAGGGACUGUCUGUGGAAGUUCUUCCUGCCAGCUGACUACCAGGCCAUGAAAGUGACCGAGGUUGCCCAGCCAGGAAAACCCAGGCAGAUUCAGGCCUUCGAGCUCCGCAUGAACAUCAUUGCUGACGCCACCAUCGAUCUGCUUUUUACCAAAAACAGGGAAACCAAUGCCAUCCAUGUGAAUGUAGGUGCAGGCUCUUACCUAGAAGUCAACAUCCCCAUGACUGUAGGAGAGAACGGCUACUCUCCUACCAUCAAAGGUCAGCUGCUUCACGUGGACACCACCAGCAGCAUGCAGUACAGGACUCUUCUGGAGGCUGAGAUGCUGGCUUUUCAUGUCAUAGCCAGCUACCCUCGGGUGUGGAAUAUGCCUCAGUCGUGGCAGUGUGAGAUUGAGGUGUACAAGGCCACCUACCACUUCAUCUACGCCCAGAAAAACUUCUUCACUGAUUUGAUUCAGGACUGGGCGAGUGACAGCGCCCCAGACAUCUACUCCUUUGUGCCCUAUUCCUGGAAGUUCAAGGUCCUUUUUCACCAGUUUGAGAUGAUCUGGGCAGCAAACCAGCACAACUGGAUCGACUGUUCCACCAAGCAGCAGGAGAAUGUGUACCUGGCAGCAUGCGGCGAGACGCUCAAUAUAGACUUCACUUUGCCUUUCAAUGAGUUUGUUCCAACCACCUGCCAUACCCGCUUCAGCUUGAAGGCAGAGGAUACAGACAUGCGACUGUCCCUGCCAGAGUGCCACCCGAGCCGCUACCCUCUCCUCACCCUGGCCAAAGACUACCAGAACGUUAAGCUGCCCCCAGACAUGUUCAUGCCAGGGGAGAACCAAGGUGCUCCCCCUCCCAAACCCAACAAGUCCCGCUGGAGGAACAUCACCCACGCAGAAGCUGGCUGGGUGGAUUGCUGGAGUGUACCCAACUUCUUGCUCAUCAUUGAUUACACCUGGCACCCCAUUUAUCCCCAGAAGGCUGAUGAGCAACUCAAACAGUCGUUGUCUGAGAUGGAGGAAUCCAUGCUGUCAGCUCUGCGUCCCCCAGAGCACACCUCGGUACCCCACAACACCCAACCACGCUACACCUCCACGUCUGCUUCAGCCGCCCACAACCGGGUGCCCACUGACCCCUCAGAGCUCCCCCCCGACAGACUUCAUGUGGAGAUGGAAAUGUCCCCAGAUUCUCAAAUCAUCCUCUAUGGGCCUUUGCUCCGAGCACUGAUCGCCAUCAAGGAAAACUAUUUUGGUGAGGACGACAUGUACACAGACUUUGAGGAGGCGGUAUCCAGUCCCGUGUUGUCCACCUGCACCUCCUCGGGCCUCGGCUGGUCUCCUCUGGGAAUGGAGGACAGCGAACAGAAGGGAGCCUCAGACAUCCAUCCGCUGGAUCUGCGCCCCUGGGACAUCACCGUGUACAUCAACCUCUACAAAGUCCACGGCCGACUGCCAAUGCACUGUAGCAGCGAGGGUCCCGAAGGUCCAUCCGGCUUUUUGGAGCGCCUGUGUUUUGAAAUGAAAAAGGGUUACAAGGAGACGAUGCUUCAGCUGCUCCUGUCUCCCGUUCACAUCUUCAUCAGUGACAACUACCAGCGUCCCACAGCGGACGGGGUUUUGAGGGACGGCCACCUGAGUCUGUCUGGCCUGCAGAUGAGGGCCCAUGCCAUGUUCUCCGCUCAGGGCCUCCCCCUGGGCAGCGACACGCUGGAGUACGCCUGGCUCAUCGACAUGCAGGCUGGGGGGCUCACCGGCAGGGUCACUGUUCCACAGGUGGCCAGUAUGAUAGAGUGGGGCGAGACUUUCGUUUUCCACGUGGUGUCCCGAGAGUUCCAGCUAGAACAACCCAAGCCCUCUGUCAUCUGCCAGCAUGGCGCUGACCGUCGCAUCUGCGAUGCCAAGAUGAGCUGCCUGCCAGGUCACUGUCGCACAUCAGAGGAGCUGAAGUACACCAUGACUCGACUGGCCAUGGAUGGAGUUGACCUCUUCAUUGUGGAGCAUGGCUGUGCUGCCAACAUCAAGACGGGUAUCGUUCGCGUAGCUAACUGCAACCUGCACAACCAGGCGGUGGGAGAGGGCAUCAGCGCUGUGGUGCAGGACGUUAACAUCCGGCAGUACAUCGAACAGCAGCAGCAGCAGCACAGCGAGACAGCCAGGCUGCAGCCGGCUGGACAAGGUCAAGGUCCAGGUCAGCCAUUAGGUCUCGGUCAGCCCCCUUUGCUGCGACGCUCUGUCUGGCUGGAGGCAGGUUCAGUCAACCUGAACCUCAUCACUGCAGACAUUGCCCUGGCUGCUGACCACCCAGCCAAAUGUGAAGUCCAGAGGCAUUUUCUAGAGCUACACGAUGCUCAGACCAAAAGACUCUGGUUCCUAUGGCCGGAAGAGGCUGGCAUUCGCAACAGGCGCAGCAGGAACCGCUGUGGCUGCCUUGGAGGCUGCAGGUUCUUUGGAGGUACCAACAUGGGCCUGGACUUUUUCAAGCUUGAAGAGCUGACGCCCUCCUCUUCAUCUGCAUUCUGUUCUUCCAGCACUGAGUCAGACAUGUCUUAUGGCCAAUCUUUGCUACAGCCAGGGGAGUGGAUUAUUACCAAGGAAACACCCAAAGUGGAUGGGAGAGUUGUAGGACUGAAGACAGACACACACUCGCCAUGCCUGCCUCCUGAGCUGCCUGAGAGGCGUGGUCAGCAACACCUCAGUCUCCAGGUGCCCCAACGCUCCCACAGCUCCGCCUCCUCCUCUGAGGAAAAUAGUUCCUCUAGUGCCGCGUUGCCCCUGCUGGCUGGAGAGAGGGACACUCCCUCGCCAAGCACAGAGGAACGCAUGUUCCCUAUGAACGGCAAAAGCCCUGCUGACACCCUAGGGGAGGUCCCCGAGGUCUCGCCAGUCUCACCCAACAGUUCCCAGGACCGCUCCUCAGUGCGCUCACCCCUCUGCUCCCCUCUCAAGCGCCAGUCCUCUGUACACUCAGGUCGACUGGGCAGCACCAAGAGCCUGUCGGCUGCCGUCUUCACCGACAAGCCUCCACCAGUUCUGUCCGGAGGCGUCCAGUUCAGCAGCGAGGUUUCCCGCAGCGAUGAGAACGUCCUGGAUUCACCACGCCAGCGUAGGAGUUACGGCUCAUUUCCCUUCACGCCUUCAGCUGACUCCAACACCUUCCAUCAGUACCGCUCUGCAGACUCCAGCAUGUCUGUGGCUGACAGCGAGGCCUACUUCUCCGCUGCUGAGGACUUUGAGCCAAUCAGCAGUGCCGAUGAGGGUCCAGGGACGUACCCAGGCCGCAAGAAGAAGAGGAGGCAGCAGAUGCAGCAGAUGCAGCAUAUGCAGCAGCCACAGCAGCCCCCGUAUCACAUGGAGAACUACAGCCGGAGCUCCAUCUACCACAGUGUUGAGGGCCCCCUCACCUACGUUCUCAAUGGGGAGCUGAUCACUGAGCCACGUCCCCUGCCCCUGCCCCCAAUGCUGCCUCCGCUGCCGCCCCAGCCCCUGCCCAGCCACACAUCCCAGGCCUCAUUCGUCUCAGCCCUGGCCAUGGAGGAGGAGAGCUCAGUGGAGGCGGAGAAGAUGGCUGAACCCGGCCUUGUAACCCGCCAACCCCACGUCAUGGCGUGCUACCAGAGCUACCUAGCCCACUAUCAGGUCUCAAAUUGGUCUGUCAAGCAGCCCACCAAUAAGAGGACCUCCAAGUCUUCUCUGCACCGUCCCCUAGAUUUGGACACACCCACCAGUGAGGAGAGCUCUGCCUCCUUUGAUCAGCUGUCUGUCCCCAGCUUUAAGGUGAUAAAGCAGGGCCUCUCAGCCAGCUCUCUACUGGAGAGAGGACUUCAGCUGAUGGGAGAGAACAACAGUACACCAUAUACCCCACUGGACAAGAGGGCCAUGGAGAACACAGAUGAAGACACAACGACAGAUGACUGGACUCUGGAGCAGCCCUUAGCGCAGACCAGGACCACUGCCAUCGUGGAGGUGAAGGGAGCCAUCAAUGUGGUGCUCACGCCCCUUGUGGCUGAAUCCCUGGACAGGUACAUCGAAUCCAUGGUCCACUUUGCCAGUAUCCGUCAUCCUGCAGGCAUUCUGGAUGACCUGCAUGGGAAAGUACUCAAUGAAGCCUAUCAGAUCAGCAAGUCCACAGUCACUGAGUCCAGCCAAACAGGCAAGCAGGAGCAUAAGCUGUCCAAGACAGAGGGCACGACCCCUGGCUCGCUCAACAUCUCCCAUGGCCAAACAGACCUGUCCGUCAAACCAGAUAAUGUGAAAAUCAAGGGCCUUCAAGCCAACGUCUCCAUCCCCAAGGUGAACCUUUGCCUCCUGCAGGCUUCUGUAGAGGAGGGGUCACCGUCUUGCUCCAAUAAGUGCGUCACACAUGUGUCUCUAGUGGCGCUGUGCUUCGACAGGAUUGCCACCCAGUUCAGAAUGAACAGGGGUAUUGUAGAGGAGACACCCAAUACCACAGAACAUGGCCGACCAUCAGUCAUGUUGGAGAAGUACGCCUCAGCCACCAAGAUGCAGCCUCAGUCUUCCGGCUCGCUGCGCUCCAACGCCGGCAUCGAGAAAGGCAAAGAGAUCGCCGCCAGGCUCAAUAUCCACCGUAUCCACAGCCAGCUGCGAGGCCUCGACUCCACAGACAUUGGCACAUGUGCCAUCACAGCAAUCCCUUUUGAGAAGUCCAAAGUCCUGUUUGGCUUGGAGGAACUGGAGGAGUUUUCACUGGUGGAUGAAACCGAUGCCCAGGGCACUGCAGGCGACCUCAGCCGUUCCACAGCGUCUCUUGAGAAAUGGGGCUGGAUCAUGUUUGAAUGUGGCAUCGAGAACCUCACGGUCAAAGGGGGCCGUCAGUCAGGAGCCAUCCUUUACAAUUCAUUUGGUGUGAUGGGACGCUCAGACACUGGAGGAAAGACGGGUAUGUCUAAGUCCAAUGGUUCGACUGGCUCUCAGACGGGCAGCGGUUACAGCACUGACGUCUCUGAUGACAACCUGCCACAUGAUGCGAUCAGCCCUGCCUCUGAUGUCAAUGAACACUCAGACUCAGACGACCAGGAUGAAGGUGUGGAGUCAGACGACCUGAAGAAAGACCUCCCCCUCAUGCCCCCGCCUCCUGACUCCAGCAGUAUGAAGCUGACCAUCAGGGAGAUCUGGUUCAGUUUUGCUGCUCCCACUAAUGUGCGUUCACCUUCACAGGCCAUCUCCAGACAGUUGAAUCUGCUCAGCACAGCCACGCCUGCUAUUGGAGCCUGGUUGGUUCCCAUCGACCAGCUCAAAUCUUCUCUGCGCAAACUGGACAUGGAGGGCACACUGCGCGUGUGUGCUGUUAUGGGGUGCAUCAUGACAGAAGCUCUUGAGAAAAAGAGCAUCCACAUCCCCAUCCGGAGCAAGUACAACCGCGUGACUAAACGAGCUCGCUACCUGCAUGAGAAUCCCUCCUGUAUGCUUUGUAACAUCCUUCACCGCUAUCUGCAGCAGGCUGACUACUCUGUCAUAGAGGAGGCUACCAUGAAUGAUGGGGUUCCAGCCCUUGUGACCCUGAAGAAGGGUCUGGUUGCUUUGGCCAGACAGUGGAUGAAAUUUAUUGUUGUGACUCAAGGUUUCAAAGCUAUUGGUCUGAUGAGGCCCAACCAGCUUACCAAACCCAAGGAGCCUCAGCAGAGCCUGGGUGAGACCAUCUUGGGCCUGGACAAUGGUGCUGCACUGCAGAGUGACACCAGCGCCGAUGGAGCUGAAUUUGAAUUUGACGCAGCCACAGUGAGUGAACACACCAUGCUGCUGGAGGGAGCAUGCAGUCGUCCCCCGCCAAAAGAAGCAAACUCUGGUCCUGUCAGCGGAGUGGAGAUCAUGAGGAAACUGUCAAAGUCCCAUACACACAAUGAGUCUGCACUCAGGAUAAAGGGCUCCCAUCCAUACCAGUCGCUGAGCUACACCAGCGGUGACACAGCAGCUGACUCACCCGCCCAUGUGAGCCGCGUAGGCAUGCCAGUCAAGGACAGCCCCAGGAAGGAGAGCCUCCUGAGCAAUCUGACAGGCAGCUUUCGGAGCCUGCACAACCUGCUGGAGGGCAUGCCCCAGAGGAGCGAACCGACUGCCGCCACUGCAGCCAAGAGCGCCUCCCUCACUCGCACAGGAAACAGUUUAGGGACAGACAUGCUGACCGAGCACCCGCUGCUGUCAGAGCCCUCCUCCGUCAGCUUUUACAACUGGAUGUCCAAUGCUGUGGGCAACAGGACGGGGGCUGGAGCCCAGGACUCCCCGGUUAACCGCUCCCAGCACAACAGCCUGCAGACAGGUGGGACGUGUAACCUGCCCACAAUCCCCUCAGCAUCAGACUUCAACACAGUGCUGUCCAGCGACCAGAACACCCUGGAUGGGACCCACUCCCAGCAUAGCACCAGCCAGGACGACAUGGCCGACAUUGAAGAGGGCAACCAGUGUCCAGCUGCGGUUCAACUGGCCGAUGCUCAGGUUGUUUUUAAGCCUUUGCUGAGCUACACAGGCAUCCAGGCCCAAGACACCACUCCUCUUAGUUAUAAGAUGUAUUUUGGAGAGUAUCUGUCUUUUUCUGGCAACCUAGAGUGUCUCAGAGCGGACAUCGUUGACUCUGACACCUCCAAAGAGCGGAAAAACAAAAGAUCCAGGAGACAGGGCAUGGUGAACCUCCCUUUGCUGGAGUUCAAGCCAGCUCUGCUGAUUGAGACAUUCAGCCUGAAUGCAGUGGUGAUGGAGAAGUCAACCAGUGCUCCGCAGGGCCCCACUGCAGCUCCACUCUCAUUCCACGACCUCAACCGCCGCCACUUCAACACAUUCCACUGUGAUUUCACCAUAGCCUGUCAGGCCAUCAGCCAGCGCGUGGACAUGGCCCUGGUGCGCCUCAUCCACCAGUUCAGCACCAUGAUUGACGACAUCAAGGCCACGCAGACUGAUAUCAAGCUGAGCCGCUACACUGCCGGCUCGGCCUCCCCGACACCCACCUUCAAGGCCCGGCCGUACCGCUACUUCAGGUCCUCUGACUUCAGCCGCAGCUCACGGGGCAGCCUCAACGGGGCGGGACGCAGCGGAACCCAAACCCUGAAGAGCAAGAGAGGGGUGGGUGGAGGGGGAGGAGCAGGUGGCGGAGGAGUAGGCGUUACUGGGGGUUUACCAUCUAAUGGGCCUCCAUCAGGCAUGGACACGCUGGGGAGAAGGGAGCCUCGAGGACGCAGCUCCCUUGGACGUUCAGAGCGACGCACCUCUAAGGUGUCAAGGAAGGGCUCCCGUGACGUGGCAGACCACAUGGCCAUCCAGAUGGACGACUCAGACUCCAUCACAGUGUCAGAGCAGAGCGAGCCAUCCGCAGAAUGUUGGCAGAACAUGUACAAGCUGCUCAACUUCUACUCCCUCAUCUCCGAUCCCACUGGAAUCCUGGAGAAAAGCUCCCCAGAGAACUGCCUUUCAGAAGGUGGACGUCGGCCCUCAGAGCCGCUCUGUAAAGUGAUCUUUGAGAACGAGCAGCAAGACCCCACCACGCCUAACAAGCCCCCGGGCGCAGGCGGGCGCAGGCGGAGCCUGGUGAGCUCUGAGCCCCAGCACGUCACGCUCAUAGUGUUCGGCAUCGGCAUGGUGAACCGCACCCACCUGGAGGCCGACAUCGGCGGGCUGACCAUGGAGGCUGAGCUGAAGAAGAUCCAUGGAAGUUUCACCCUGAAGGAGAAGAUGAAAGAUAUCCUGCACCAGAAAAUGACUGAGACGUGUGCGUCGGCUCACAUAGGAGGGGUAAACAUUGUUCUACUGGAGGGCAUAACACCUGACAUCCAACUGGAGGAUUUCCCAACAUCUCCCACCAGCACAGCUAAACAAGAGUUUCUAACGGUGGUCAAAUGCAACAUCGCCAAGUCCCAGGCCUUGUACAGCGCCCAGCGAGGACUGAAGACCAACAAUGCAGCUGUCUUCAAAGUGGGGGCCAUCAUGAUCAACAUCCCCCAGCACCCAGCUACAUUGCACAGCAUGAUGGUCCGCAGCUCCCACCAGCUCUCCAAACAAAUCUCUGACCUCAUCCGCCAGCCCUCCAAUAUUCAACCUCCUACUAGAGAGGAGACCCCCACCCCGCAACCCUCUGACAAAGCAUCCAGCAUCAAUCAGACCCCCAUAGAAGCCAAUGAGUUCCCUCAGCUUCCCGAAGGCCUGGAGAAGAAGCCCAUCGUCCUCAAGUUCAGCGCCAUGAUCGAUGGCAUCACCAUCGGGGCUGCCCUGCUGCCCUCACUGAAAGCAGAGUACAAAAUGGGUCGCAUGAAGAGCCAUGGCAUGACAGGGGCACAAACCAGUUUCACCUUUGAGUUGCCAAGCCACAAGCUUUGCUUCCAGUCAAAAGUGUCCCCAGUGGACCUGUCCACCAUGUCGCCAUCAGCCAGCCUCACCCUGCCCCCAGUCACCAUGUCAGGGGAGUACAUCAUGGAGGAGCACGAGAGCCACUCAGACCAGGGCUGGGCACCUGACGACUUCCCAGCAAAGCAAGGAAACUACCUCCAAGGAAAUUACCUGCGCUGUGUAGCUGAGAUUGGUUCAUUUGAGCACAACCUGACCACAGACCUACUCAACCACCUGGUUUUCCUGCAGAAGGUUUUCAUGAAGGAGGUCAACGAGGUCAUUCAGAAGGUCUCAGGAGGAGAACAACCCAUCCCACUGUGGAAUGAGCACGAUACUUCAACAGAUGCAGACAAGCCAAAAAUCCUGCUUUAUUCUCUCAGCCUCAUGUUCAAGGGAAUCCAGAUGACAGCCACUACUCCUUCUAUGCGAGCUGUGCGCUUUGAGACAGGCCUUAUCGAGCUGGAGCUAUCCAACAGGAUCCAAUGCAAGGCUCAGCCUGGUGGCAGCAGCAGUUACCUUAAACUGUUUGGCAAAUGUCAAGUAGAUCUCAACCUGGCUCUUGGACAGAUAGUCAAGCACCAGGUGUAUGAAGAAGCUGGCUCAGACUUCCACCAGGUGGCUUACUUCCGGACUCGAAUCGGUCUGCGGAAUGCUCUGCAGGAGGAGAUCAGUGGCUCCUCAGACAAGGAGGCCGUCCUCAUCACGCUCAACAGGCCAAUCGUUUUCGCCCAGCCAGUGGCAUUUGACCGAGCUGUGCUCUUCUGGCUGAAUUACAAGGCAGCGUAUGAUAACUGGAACGAGCAGCGCUUGGCCCUCAACAAGGACAUCCAUAUGGCCACCAAAGAGGUGGUGGACAAGCUGCCAGGCAUCCAACAGACCUCAGCCCAGGCCUUCAGCACCCUCUUCCUGCAACUGACUGUCAACGACCUUGGAAUCUGCCUACCCAUCACCAACACAUCCCAGAGAGGACAAGUACCAGUUACGGAGGGCAUCAACUCUGAAGCUGGGGCCAGCACAUCAGUAGGCCGGCAUAAAAAUGCACGAAAAGCCAACCACAGCAUAGAUUUUGACACCGGCUCAGCUAUGGUCCUGACCAUUGAGAGCACACUGAUCACCGCCUGCUCCUCUGAGUCCCUGGUAAGCAAAGGCCACUUCAAGAAUUUCUGCAUCCGCUUUGCUGAGGGCUUCGAGACAUCCUGGGACGACUGGAAGCCUGAAAUCCGAGGGGAUAUGGUCAUGAAUGCUUGUGUAGUCCCUGAUGGUACGUAUGAAGUAUGUUCCAGGACUACAGGGCAACCCUCUGCAGAGAGCAGUAGUGCUGGUACCUGGACUCUGAAUGUGCUUUGGAAAAUGUGUGGUAUUGAUGUUCACAUGGAUCCCAACAUCGGCAAGCGCCUUAAUGCGCUGGGUAACACGCUGACGUCGCUGACAGGCGAGGAGGACGUAGACGACAUCGCUGACCUGAACUCUGUCAACAUGGGGGACCUUUCAGAUGAGGACGAAGCCGACACCAUGUCACCUACCAUCCACAUGAGUCGAGACAGCCAGUUCAGCCCUCGGCUGACCUUAAGGAAGCGUCUGGUAAACCACAUCCUGGGCCUCAGCCCCAGGCCUCAGAGUGUUUCUGUCCCAGCUGACUACUUAAACUGUGCAUCGCCUCGCCUCCGAGCGGGCAGUGCCAGGGCCCAAAGACCUCUCUCCUGGGCCUGUGAGACCAUUGACCCCAGAAGGCAGAUGGUGAUGGGGAACCAAGUGAUUGAUGCUCGUGGGAGGAAGUUCACCAAGAGAGUGGUGGACAUCAGAGAGCUGAACGAACAGGCCAAGGUCAUCGAUGACCUCAAGAAAUUGGGGGCCAGUGAAGGCACCAUCAACCAGGAGAUCCAGCGCUAUCAGCAGCUGGAGUCUGUGGCCGUCAAUGACAUCAGGAGAGACGUCCGAAAGAAACUGCGUCGCUCCAGCAUGAGGGCGGCCUCUCUAAAGGAUAAGUGGGGUCUUGGCUACAAACCAAGCUACAACCGCUCCAAAAGCAUCUCUGCGGCAGCAGGCCGACCCCCUCUAAAACGGAUGGACAGACAGAGUUCCAGAAUAGGGGAUGUGGAUGAUUUACCAGAUAUGCGUGUGGAUGCGUCCUCCCCUGGACCCCGGGUCACCUUCAACAUCCAGGACACGAUCAAUAAUCAGGCCUUGGACUCUGCACAUGCAUCUGUCAGUCCAGGAGAGGUAUUCAAGUUUCCUGAGGAGACAGAGGUGGACCUGUUGUCAGUCACCAUUGAUGAGCCAUUCCAUUCUCAUCAUCUCCAUCAUCUUCAUUCUCCGUCUGUUAUCGAGGGCCAGCACCCAGUUUUCAGUGCCCCUGUCACCCCUGCUGUCUUCUCACCGACACUUCCCUUCCAGCACGACGAUAUGAGGCGUGAUGACCUGUCCUCUUCCUCCUCCGAAGACUCAGAAAAGGAGGACGAGUUUGAACGCGAGAAACCGCCGAGCUAUCGAAGGCCUUUCCAAGCGUCUCACAAGAAGUCCUCGGGGUUUUCUGCUGUGAGUCAGCUGUUCAGUGAGCGCUGGCCGAGCACGCCUGCCAGCCGCGGCUUCGGUGGCCCAACAACCGAAAGAAACAUCGACUUUGAGCUGGAUGUCCGUGUGGAGAUCGACAGCGGGAAGUGUGUCCUUCACCCCACUACUCAGCAACCAGAGCAUGAGGACAAUUCCCUCAGGAGGAGCUGUGAGCGUAGCCUCAGGAGUCUAGACCAGGAGUCUCCCCCCAAGAAGAAGAAGCUGCAGCCCACCUACACCUCCACCACCCAUCUCUUAGCUGGCAAGAAAUGUCCCUCCUCCCUGCAGACCAAAUCCAAUGACUUGGAGACCACAGUCUUCUACAUUCCAGGAGUAGACGUUAAGUUGCACUAUAACUCCAAGACACUGAAGACGGAGUCCCCCAACGCCUCACGUGGAUCCUCUCUCCCUCGCACUCUCUCCAAAGAGUCGAAGCUGUAUGGUAUGAAAGAUAGCGGCCCUCCCAACCCUCCCAAUGCUGUCCAAAGCAAGACUAACUCGCUCCUACCUCCCCCACCCCCACCAAUUCCAUCAGCCAAAGGUAAGGGCAGUGGGGGAGUAAAGACGGCCAAGCUGUAUGCCUGGGUGGCCCUCCAGACUCUGCCAGAGGAAAUGGUCAUCAGCCCCUGUCUGCUGGACUUCCUGGAAAAAGCACUGGAGACCAUUCCAAUCACUCCAGUGGAAAGGAAUUAUGCAGCUAUGGCUUCCCAGGAGGAGGACAUGGGUCAGUUUGAGACAGUGGAGCAGCUGGAGGAAUCCACCACCUCCCUGGUUUCCUCUUCCACGUCGGCCUACUCCUCCUUCCCUGUGGAUGUGGUUGUCUACGUCAGAGUCCAGCCCUCUCAGAUCCGCUUCAGCUGCCUGCCGAUGUCCAGGGUGGAGUGCAUGCUCAAACUGCCCUCUUUAGACCUGGUCUUCUCUUCUAACCGUGGAGAACUGGAGACCCCGACAGGAGCCCAUCCCGCUGACGGAUCUCACCCGCCGUCCUCCACUCCACCAGGGCAACAUAUCCCCAAAUCACCUCCCAGCAAAGCGUCUCCGUUGCUGGGGAGCCCUCUGGGCAGGAGCCGCCAUAGCAGCAGCCAGUCUGACCUCACCGGCCCCCCCUGUACCUCCUCAGGCCUCAGUUUCACUGCCUGCAUGUCUGACUUCUCCCUCUACGUCUUCCACCCCUACGGCGCCGGAAAGCAGAAAUCUGCUGUCACAGGCCUGCCUCCGGGCCCAGGGCCGUUAGGUACAGUUGACGAGGAGCCGUCUUCAGUAACAGGAAGAAAAGACUCUCUGAGUAUCAACCUGGAGUUUGUGAAGGUCAGCUUAUCCAGGAUGAGGCGUAGUGGAGGCCCCACCUUCAUUGAAAGCUUCAUUCCUGCCAAAGGUGGCAAAAUGGACACCACCCUCAUCAACAUCUCAGCUGUGUGUGAUAUUGGCUCGGCUUCCUUCAAGUACGACAUGAGACGACUGAGUGAGAUCCUGGCCUUCCCGAGAGCCUGGUACCGUCGAAGUAUUGCCAGGCGCCUCUUCCUGGGAGACCAGACAAUCAACCUGCCAGCCUCUGGCCCCGCCACCCCCGACUCAGCCGAAAACGUCACCCAACAUCUGUCCCCCGAGUCCAGCAGGAAAGCCUACUGGAGGACCUGGGAUGGCAGCACCGGAACACAGCACAUGCCCCAGUCCCCCAAUGUCUUUUCUGAGCACUCCACUGGAAGCAACAUGUCCCCGGGCGGCCUGGGCCACCUCAAGUCCCCUGCACCUGGACGCACCAGGAGCGUAUCUGAUUCCUCUGCUCCUAGGAGAGAUUCGGUGACAAAAACAUCCACUCCUUCCUUCAGUAAAAAUGGUAAGGCAACAGGUCAGCAGGGGGCGCCAUGGGAGACGCUGGUGGUGUUUGCCAUCAACUUGAAACAGCUCACCGUCCAAAUGAACAUGAGCAACGUCAUGGGAAACAAUACCUGGACGACCAGCGGGCUGAAGAGUCAGGGCCGACUGUCUGUCGGCAGCAACCGGGACCGAGAGAUCAGCAUGUCUGUCGGCCUCGGCCGCUCCAAGCUCGACUCCAAGGGCGGGGUGGUGGGUGGCAAUAUAGACGUGAACACCCUGGAGAUGGUCUCCCACAUCUCCGAACACCCCAACCAGCAACCCAGCCAUAAGAUCCAGAUCACCAUGGGGUCGACGGAGGCGCGUGUGGACUACAUGGGCUCCAGCAUCCUGAUGGGAGUUUUCAGCAAUGCUGACCUGCAGCUGCAGGACGAAUGGAAGGUCAACCUGUGCACCGUUGACACCAGCCUAUCAGAGAAAAGUGAAAUCUUCGUUCAUGGAGACCUGCAGUGGGACAUUUUCCAGGUGAUCAUUUCACGCUCCACCACGCCAGACCUCAUCAAGAUCGGCAUGAAGCUGCAGGAGUUUUUCACUCAGCAGUUCGACACCAGCAAGCGGGCCCUGUCCACCUGGGGCCCUGGCCCCUACCUGCCCCCCAAAACCCCUGUCAUCAACACUGAGAAAGGAGCUGCAGAGCUUUACAUGGAUGCAGCCCAUCACCGCCACUGGCCCGGGGUGCUGAAGGUAAUCGCCGGCUGCCACAUCUCCCUCUUCCAGAUGCCUCUGCCGGAGGACGCCGUGCAGCUGGGCGGUUCAAUGAGCCUCCAUGGAAAUCACAUGACCCUGGCCUGCUUCCACGGACCCAACUUCCGCUCCAAGUCGUGGGCUCUGUUCCACCUGGAAGAGCCCAACAUCGCCUUCUGGACAGAGGCACAGAAGAUCUGGGAAGACGGCUCCAAAGAUGAUUCUACCUACAUUGUUCAGACACUGGAUUUCCAUCUUGGUCAUAACACUAUGGUGACCAAACCCUGCGGUGCACUCGAAAGCCCCAUGGCCACCAUAACCAAAAUAACCCGCCGGCGGCAUGAAAACCCCCCACAUGGAGUCGCCACAGUCAAAGAAUGGUUCAACUACGUCACUGCCAUGAGGAAUGAAGAGUUGAACUUGCUCAGGAACGUGGAAGCCAACAACCAAGAGAGCGGAGCGGCUGCCAAAAGCUCGAGUCUGCUGAGCAGCUUCCGCAGCACCUCCAGCUACAACCAUGAAACUGAGACAAUCUUUGCUCUUCCCAGAAUGCAACUGGACUUCAAGUCCAUCCACGUACAGGAUCCUGAUGAACCUUCUCUAACAGACUCUAACAGCAAACCCAAAGUGGAGUGCAGCGUGGUGACAGAAUUCACAGACCACAUCUGCGUCACCAUGGACGCUGAGCUCAUCAUGUUUCUUCAUGACCUGGUGUCUGCCUACCUGAAGGAGAAGGAGAAAGCCCUUUUUGCCCCGAGGAUGUUCGCGGCUCGGCCAGGCCAGAAGAGCCCCACAGCCCUGCAUGACGACAGCUCCACAGACAAGGACAAGGACGACGGCAUAAACUACACCACGGUGGACUGGAGGGAGUUCAUGUGCAACACCUGGCACUUGGAGCCGACUCUCAGGCUUAUCUCCUGGACAGGACGUAAGAUUGACCCAGUGGGUGUGGACUACAUCUUGCAAAAACUGGGCUUCCACCACGCCAGGACUACGAUUCCCAAGUGGCUGCAGAGGGGCGUGAUGGACCCGCUGGACAAGGUGCUGUCAGUGCUCAUCAAGAAACUGGGCACCGCCCUGCAGGACGAGAAGGACAAGAAAGGCAGAGACAAAGAGGAACACUAAUACCACAGAAGUUCUCUACAGGUCACAAACACUGGAUUACUGUAUUACAAUGGCCACUACUGUACAACACUUGGUCUAAUUUUACUUGCUACACCCUGUGAUUUUCAGCAUAGUUGUUUACUGUGGCGCAUACCACUAGCGACUCUGACUGACGCGUUUUGCACCAAUGUUAUUUUCUGUAUAUUUUGAACAAAGUAGCAAAUGUUAGUAUUAUUUGACUGCUUUAAUGGUAAAACCCUGCCUCUUUUACCUGUUGUAAAUGACCUUACUGAAAUCGCUUGAAAGUUUAUUUUAAGGCUUACCAAUAUUUCAUGAGAAAUGAUUUCUUAAACCAUUGCCUUUUCUUUGUUUCCCAUGGAACACAUGGUAGAUAUGCUUUAUGUAUUUUAUAGCGUAGUUUUAAGAUAUUUAAGAACAGUUCAGUGACAGUGUUCUUGAUCCUUUUGAUGUGAACAAAUGAAUACUCUGAGGUUACGGCACAUCAUCCACUCAGUCAUGAGGAUGACAUAAACUUGUAAUUAUAAUUUGAACCAAGAUCAUUUAUGGGUAUGUGAAAUGCAAAGUCUAUAUCAUGUAUUAGCUUGGUGUGUCAAGCUUAUUUUUGUCUUUUUUUAAUCCAUACAGUAGAACCAGUGUAUAUAAUUAAAUUUCUUAAAUGUGUUGAUUUCCUAACUUAAUAAAAAUAUUGCCAUUCAAUUUUA